AUGAUGACGACUGGUGAUAAUAACCUCACGAUUUUGUUCGACACUAUUCAAGAAGCGGGUUUCUGUUCGGUCGAAGAAGCUCCUGCUUUCACUGAUCUGGACCCCGAAGACGAGCCAAAAGUUCUUGUAACGGCAACCAACAAGGCCGGCAUAACUGGCUACGAGCAAACCGAGCGAAUUGUCGAUACAGCUGUACAUGGGAGGCAAAGCAACGGAGCACUGGAUUUUGAAGACGAUACACACGCCGAGGAUGUUGCAGCGCUUGAGCAGGCAGCCCUGAAAGAUGAAAAUGUCAGUGAUCGCGGCACACCGAACGGCAAAAAGGUCGACGUUGAAGACUUUGCGACUGAACACAAGCCUACCACAGGUACAAAAUUGGCAGAUCGUUACAUGAAGAGUGAGCGUUAA